AUGGUUGGUAUAUAUUCGUUCAAUCCGUUGAGUGGAGGCAGCAGUAACAAUGCGCUGUCCUCAAAAGUGCAACAGGAGGCGGGCAAACUAUUACUGCCAACAUUGAAACUUGAUGAUCCUGUUUUGGAUACAAUGAAAUUUCAGCAAGAUCAUUCAACAAAUGGUUCCAACUCUUCAAGACUGGUUCUUUCGAACAGAAUCUUGCACCCGGGUACUUUGACAUCGUCUGAAGAAAUCAGCUACAAAGUCAGCGUAGCCAAUUUCGCCGAUUUGUCGCCCUUGAAGCUUGGGUCCAAGUAUAUAACUGACUUGAUCAAAAUCGAUUCAAUGACCCCAUCCGAUUUAUACUCACACAGUCACAUAAGCAAAGAUGGAGGACUAGACAAUUAUUACUUUGACAACGAGAAGGGAUUAGGAGAUUUCUCCAGGUUUGAAAAGAUAUCUCAACUAAACUUGCCGGACAAAUUCUUUGAUGAAUACAACUCCACUGAGGUGCUGAGCAAGAUGGGAUUGUUUCCAGAGAUUGAUAGAUCCUGGAUUGUCGUGGAUAACAAGUUGAUUUUAUGGAACUACAAGCAGCUGGCAUCAUCGUCUUCAUCCACAACUUCACCAUUUCUUACAAUUGACCUGUCUCAGAUAAAGCAUUCUGUUCUCCAAGUUAAAUUGGUGAGACCUAAGCCAAAGAUCUUUGUAGACACAGUAAGUCAUUUACUUGUCAUUGCUACUUCAAUGGAAAUCCAAAUCUUUAUUGUCAAAUAUGACGCCAGUCUUAAUAACUUGGAAAUAUUCAACCCAGACUUGGUGGUGUCCACUCAAGGUCUCCUUGUAAAUAACAUUAUAGUGAACCCAAAUUCCGGUGAUAUUUAUUUCACUGGCGAAGGCGAUGGAGUCAAUGUGUGGAGACUUGACUACAGCAACAAAAGUAGCUUCACUAAAAACAAGUGUGAUAAAGUUUGCAUGACCAAGAGUGGUUUCACAAGUGUGUUGCCGUACAAGAUUCCUGGAACUUCUACCAACAGUGGAACGUCGGCUACCUCGUCAUCUUCCGUUCCUGAAACGAUUAUCCAGCUCGAUAUUGAUGCUUCGAGAAAUAUCUUAUACACGCUUUCUAACAAAUCAAUCAUUAGAGUGUACCAACUUCAAAUUACUACUCACCAAGAAAGUUUCACUCAAUUCAGUCAAAUCACUCCUACAGAAAUUUUCAAGGGAAUUUCCUCACUUUUCAAUGAUGUUUCCACUUCAUCGAAUUUUGAAUCUUUCUCUAAAUUCCGUAUAAUGAGCAUUCAACAUAUUACCAGUGAAGAAUCUUCCAACAUCCAAAUGAUUGCAAUCACCAAUUUUGGGUGCAGAAUUCUUUUAAGAUUAGGGAGCACAUCAUCGUUCCCUUCAUUUGCAUUAUCAUCAUCUCUGUACGGAUCAAAAUUGAAGCUAUCUGUUUCGUCGAUCAAAUUCCCACCUUCUAAAGAAUUGCCCAAAUUGAAUCCUGAAUUAGACUCAUUUACUAGAGAUAAGCAAUACCUUGCUCAGCUUGUUAGUAACCAAAGAAAGUCCCAGCUCUUGAAAAAUACCAAAUUCGCUAAAAUUUUGCUGCCUGGAGUCUUCUUGUGUGUAAAAAGGACCAAGUUCUCUGAUAAGUUAUUUGUGUGCACUUCAAAUUAUGGAUUUUUGAAGAAAAAUAGCAAGUUAGUAGAAGAUGCUGAGUUUGUUAAAAUUGGUGGAGAUGCUGGAGGUGAUUCUACUUAUAUUCAUGAUAUUAUCCAGUUAACGCCAUCCAUGAAUGCGACCAAGACUCCAAAUGGAUAUGCUAACGUUUUAGCAACUCAAUAUACUAAAAAACCUUUACAAUUUGCGGUCUUGACUAAUUUUGGAAUUCAUUUCUAUCAAUUCAGAACUCCAGAUCAAAUUUUAAAGGGAUUAGGUGAAGAAACUUUAGAGAAUUUCAUGGAAGAAAAUGGUUACGAGGAAACAUGCAGUACUUUGUUGUAUCUUGGAUGUUCCUAUGGCAAUCACAGUAAUGACAUGCUUAAGACUAAAGCUCAUCAAUUAUUUGCAACCUGUGGGAACAACGCAAGACUACCACCACAGCCCCAGCAGCAGCAGCAACAACAUCAAUAUCAAGUUGCUCAAGUUUCGCUGGUCAAUUCUCAUCCAACUAUUGAACAAGUUAUUUUAAGUGAUAGGUUCUACGGUACCUGUCUUUUAGUAUCACGUCUUUUUAGAGAUUACUGGAAUUCUAAAGUGUUUGUUAAGAUUCCUUAUAUAAGAGUAGUUAACAAUCAAGUUGAACUGGGAUCAAUUAAGGACGAUAAUUUAUUGAUUCAGGGAUUAAACAUUGAUAAAAGACAAGUGGAAUUCUUUAUUGGAUCCAUCAUUGUUUUGAUUGAUUUUUUCAUUGAAAAUGGUAAUAAUAUUCAAGGAUUGAAUGCUCCAAACUAUUCUUCAGAUCCUUCUAGAUUUUCUAAUGAGGUCUGCUUGAGAGCAGAACAUAUUGCGUUUACGUCAAUUUUAAAAUCAUUGAAUUCAAUUAAAGAAGCAUUGUCGUUUGUUAUGGUCUUGAUCGAAGAAAUACAAAUCAAUCAAACUAAUUUCAAUGAGAUUUUGAAGUUUUUGUCAGUGACUAACCAAAUUAAUUUGUUGAGUUUGACCUUUAAAGAUUUAUUGUUGCCAAAUAUUGAAGUCAAAAAUUUAAUCAAGGAUUUGUUGUCUUCUAUCAUAAAUAAAAAUAUCUUAAAGGGUGGCUCCAUUGAUCUGAUUGCAACUAGCUUACAAGGGCGCUGUGGAUCGUUUUGUUCAACUAAUGAUGUAUUUAUCUUCAAAGCUAUUGAGAAUUUGACUAGAGCUAAGAGUGUUGGAGGUAGAGAUAAUGAUUUGAAAGUCAAAUGCUUAAAUAACGCAGUCAUUUUAUUUGAAGAAGCUUAUGAAAGUUUAACAUUGGAGAACAUAGAAAAUAGUGUUAAUAUUAUGGUUGACUUGGAAUAUUACACUGGUGCAGUUAGAAUGUGCUUGAGUUUGGCUCAUAGAUUGUCCAACAGGGCAGCUAAUAAAUCUGCUACUGCUCCCACAGCAACUGCUAGUAGCACACCAGUUACAGCAGAAUCUAAUCUCUCAGAUUCAACCACUUUAACCUUGCAGUUGUAUAAGAUGAUCUUUUCAAUACUUACAAAGAUUGAUCUUAAAGCAAUUCAAAUAACAGGAACUAAUGAUCAACUUUUAAUUAAUGAUUUUAUUGAAAUUAGAGAUUCUACUUACGAAACAUGUUUUUCAUCAAAGGAUAAGAAUUUCCACUAUGAGUUCUAUCAAUGGUUUAUCAACCAAGGCGUUAGUGAAAGGCUCUUGGAGAUAAACACUCCCUUUAUAUUACCAUUUUUGGAAGAAAAGUCAAAGAAUAACCUAGUUUUAACCGAUUUAUUGUGGUUAUAUCAUGCCAAAAGGGAAAAUUAUUAUGCUGCAGCAAAUAUCUUGUAUGCUUUGGCAAUCCUGGAAUUUAAUUUGAAACUUCAACAAAGAAUUGAGUAUCUCUCUAGAGCCAAUGGGUUCUGCAAUUGUGUUUGUCCGCCAAACGUGAGACAAAAGAUGAUUCAAUUAUCAUCAGUCGUUGGAGAAUUGUUUGAAGUUGCUAAUGUACAAUUAGACGUACUCAAUGCAAUUAGCCAAGAUGACAGAAUUAGUAAGGACAACAAGGAAUUAUCUAAGGUUGAACUCAAUUAUAAGAUCUUAACACUUAGCGACUUAUUCAAUAGUUAUACUGAUCCAUUGGGUUACUAUGAUUUAUGUUUGAUAAUCUUCAAAAUUAGUGACUAUAAGAAUACCGAUGAUAUAUUGAAGAGAUGGGAGUUCUAUUUUGAAAAAUUGUUCCAUGACUUCUUGAUACCAAGCAAGUCAAGCACCAAGGAACCAUUUUAUAUCACUUUGGCAAAUUCAAUAACGUCAGUUGGCAUUAAACUUUCAAAUAAUGAUUUAGUUUUUCCAGUUGAAGAACUUGUGAAGUUGGUUUGCAAGUACAUUCAAGAAGUUAUAGAAGAACUGGAUGCUAACGAAGCUCAAAUCCCACCAGUUGGUGCUAUUGUUGAUAUUUUCAUUAAGUCGGGCGUAUCAUACGAUAAGUUGUACUACAUCAUGAAAUCAAUAAUUGAACACAAUUCAAGUUCAAAUACAGUUUCUGCUCCAGCAAAUAAACUUAUUUCCAAUGAAAUGAUCUAUCUCAUAAAAAAUUGGUACAGUAUAGAUAAAAAGGUUAGAGAAUUUAUUCCUAGCGAUAAAAUAAAGAACUUGUCACUGUAUUCUGUUAGCAAUGAUCCAAUUAACGAAUUUGUGAAAGCCAAUGGAAUUAGGUUGUGA